AUGCUGAAGUAUAUUUUACGGUUUACGAGGUUUUAUCGUUAUCGUGUUUACAAUUUAUUGUAUACUCAAUCCAGUCCUCGAGUUUUACCAACAUUUACCAAAACUUUAUCUUUUACUGUAUCAUUUACUUGGUGGCCAUUAAAAUUAUGGGAAAAGAAAGAUAUACAUGAACAGUGUCAACAACUAUUCAAUGAUUCCUUAUUUCAUAUAUCUAUGGGUGAAUUUAGUGUGGCAAAUGAUAAGUUACAUGAACUAUUGUGGUUUAUCAACCAUUCUUAUCAAAAUAGCGAGUUAACCAAUCGCGAGUACAUCAAUAAACGUGCACGAAUAUGUUCCGAGAUGGCAAAUCUAAAUCUACUUAUGGGAAAUUAUUCAGAAGUAGAAAAAUUAAUUAAACAGACAAUGGAGGAUUGUUUAACAGCCCAAAUAUCACCAAACGAUGCAAUGUUUAUUGAGCUGUCACUUAAAUUGUCCAUGCUUUUCGAAAAGUCUGGUAAAUUAGAUGAUGCUGAGACGGGUUUUCGAUUCUGUAUAGAAAAUCAGGAGAAAAAGAUGACAAGUUUCGAUGAAAAUAUCGACCAUAUAAAUGAAAAAGCUUUACUAGGAAUGUGUUGUAAUUACUUUAGCAAAUUUCUCUUUGCGAAUCAAAGACAAACAGAAGCUUUAGUUUAUGCCCAACGAGCUUAUGAAAUCGCCAGUCAAAUUUAUCCUUUAGACCAUGCAAAUUGUUUAAAUUUAUUAAUUGAUAUUAGCGUUAUCCAUGCUGAUUUAAAUAAAUUUAUUGAGUCUCAACGUAUUCUUAAACAAGUUAUUCAAACAAGUCAAACCAAGUAUCAAUCUUUCGUUGAUAAUUACUCUAAUGAUAAUGAACUACUGAAAUCAAACCUUUCAAAACAACAUGAAAUGCACGAAACUGUGUAUACUCUAAUACAUUCAAUAUUACAAUUAGCCGCUGUUGAUUUAAUGUUGGGAAAACCAGAAUCUGUGAAGCAGUUAUUGUUACAAGCUGAUCACAUCAUAAAUCAAAUUGACCAAUUGGGUUUGAAAGUCUCUAUGUACCGCAAACAUAUUAACGAUUUCAAAAUGGAACAUCAUUUUUAA